GCUUCCAAGUUUCCCACCGAACUGAACAGAUUGAAUGGCCCAGCAAGCACACCAUAUACGCCGCAUCCUAUAACUACAACUAGGUAGCAUGACCACGACCAGGAUAUCCCGGACCAAAUUGCUCAACCUUUUCUGCCUGACAAAAUCUACACGGCAAGCAGUAAGAAUGAGCAGCGUUUCAUCAAUUGGUAACGCACCUCCAGCGCAAGAGCCCAUCUAUUUUGGGCCCUUCGACGUCACAAACCAGGUCUUCCUCACAACGGCACAUUCCUUCGCCCUGGUCAAUCUCAAGCCCCUUUUACCGGGCCACGUCCUCGUCUGCCCGCUAGCCCCCCACCGCCGCCUGACAGACCUCUCGCUGCCAGAGCUCACCGACCUCUUCCUGGCCGUGCAGCGCGUCCAGCGGAUGCUGGCCCGCCACUACUUCCUGCCCUCCUCGUCUUCCACUCCAGAUGGGACUACUAGUACUAGUGCUACUCCAACACUACCAGGGCCAGGAGACCGAGGACUCGAACCAGAGCCCGAGCUGGGAUCCUUCAACCUGGCCCUCCAAGACGGGCCCGAAGCAGGGCAAACCGUUCCGCACGUGCACGUCCACGUGAUCCCCCGCAUCCGCGGAACGACAGCCAAGCCACCCUCGACACCCUCGGACGCCGUCUACGAGCAGAUGGCGGCCGAGGAAGGGAACGUGGGCGGGGCGCUGUGGGACCGGGAUCUCAUGCGGGAGCGGCCGCAGCCGGGCGGCUCCUUCCCGCGGGUAGAGGACGCGGACCGGGUGGCAAGGAGCAUGGAGGAGAUGGAGGCAGAGGCACGGGUGUAUCGCGGCGUUCUGGCGGCUUUGGAGCGAGAGGAAAAGGAGAGGGGAGGCAAGAGGACGUGAAGGGUGCGGAGGGAGACGGACGGAAUCGGCCGUCACAGAUGCGGUAGAGAGCAUGUUAAUACUUAGAUGCUAGAAUAGACGACUGUCGUUUGUGUUGUAAUUUUGGUU